UCUAGAAGACAUACUCCACCAGAUUGAAGGUGAAAUAACUGUUUAUUCAUUCAAAGACAAAAAGGCAGAUUUUGGACCAAGUAUACCCAAAAGUGGUGUUAAGGGGAAGCUUGUUUAUCUAAAGCCGAAAUUUAACAAAACAUGCCUUGACUAUGAACCAAACCGUCCGACAAAUAAGGAAAACGAGACUAUAAUUGCUCUGAUGGAAAGACGUGGUUGCACAUUUCUUAGCAUGGUACUUGAUGCACAACGUAUGAAAUUUGAUGCAGUUAUCGUGCAUAAUAAUUUUCAUUCCGGGGAGCAAUUAUCGAGAAUGCUUGGCACCACGGAUUCAAAAAUGGAAGAUGUUAUGAUCUCGUCAGUACUUGUAGGAUAUAGUGCUGGACAAUUUUUAAGCUCCUAUGAUGUCAAAAACGAAGCAGAUAAUAAGAAUAAACAUAUGUUCAUAUACAUAAGUGAUGAUGUACGAAUAGAAUAUGAUACAACCUCCACUUACUGGAUUGGAUAUGCGUUUAGUCUUACAUUGUUACUUUUGUGUCCUCUAUUGAUGGGAGUUUGCUGUUGUAUAAUACAUUAUAGAAAAAGAACGUCAGUCAAAAGAUACCUGGAGAUGGCAAGGAGAACAAGAAGGCCUUUACCACUUCAUUUGUAUAAUAUACAGGCGUUGAAACGUUGUACUCCUCAAAUUCAUGCUGCAAAGUUUAAGAAAGGUCAUCGAUACGACACGUGCCCUAUAUGUCUAGAGGAGUUUGUUGAAAACGAAAAGUUAUGGAUUUUACCAUGUAAACAUGAGUUCCAUAUUAGUUGUAUUAAGUCAUGGUUAGCAGAGAGAAAACACAGUUGUCCAAUGUGCAAAAGAAUGGUUAUUGCUAUCCCUGACUGAACAUUUGUAUACCCCUACAUUUAAAAAAUCAAUUUACACUAAAUAUCAGCUAUUUAACUUCUUGUUUUAUUGAUAUCUUUUGCAGUACAAGUUUACCUUGAUAUAAAUUUAAUCAAAUAUUUGACCAAGCAUACUAUGUUCUCUCGUUUAGCUUUAAGGGUUAUUUCCCCUAUUGACAAUUGCUAAUGAGAAAAUUGAGUUGGAUCACUGAAAACGAGAGAAAUAUAACAUUUAAAUAUCAAAAUAUGACUUCCCUUUAAAUCUUCCCUGAAUAUACUUAUUUGUUCCACUUUGAAAUAAGUUUAAAUAAAAAAAAGAACACACACACACAUUUUCUCUACUUCCAUAUUACUUAUUCGUCGAAUAUCCCUUCGCGAUUUUUUUGUUUAAGUUUGCCUAGGACUGGAACAGUUGUAUGUGAUGAAAAAAAAUGUGAGAAAAGAAAUAUAUGCAAAGUGACGUAAGACUCCAAGUGAUUGCAAAUUUAUAAAAUUUAAGCAUUGCCAAGAAGUUUCUGCUGCUUAAUUCCUCAAAUCGUUCCGAAAUUUUCUUUUCUAAACAUAAAUGAGGCUUCAGCCGAAUUUUUUAACAACUAUUAUGUAUAUAUUUUGUUUUCUGUUUAUUUAUUAUUUUAUUAUUAGUUGAUUUGUUUAUUUCUUCAUUUAUUAUGCAUAUCUUUUUAUACCUUUAUGGAGAAGAAACUAUAUUAAGUGUAUAAACAUGGAGAAGCUAGACUACCUCUUGUUAUAUGAAGUUGUCAUUCUUUUUAAUUAGUAAUGCUUAUUCAUGUAGGGUCUUAGUUGACAUUUUUCUUCAUCACCAGUAAAAUAAAGGAAUACAACAUUUCAA